GUGUGAUUGAUUCUGACUAUUCGACUGCCAGCUCCACCAUUGGGCGCAGUGCUCGGCAGGCAGUCUGGCUCUACUGCUUGUGUUGUUCAAUGUUUGGAGGAGCUCUUCCACCGCUUUCACCGUUUCGUGGUUGAAACCAAUGGAGAAAGAUGGCAUGAGUCAACUGCAUAAAUAUCUCCCUCUAUGAGCCAAGAUCGAUCCAAAGACCAAGAUGUCGACAAAGUGGAACAACGGGGACUCCGUUAUUUGCAUCGUUGACAAAUCAUCAGCGGAGUAACCUACCCCCACAGAGCUAGCUACAGGCUAACCCGGCUAGCGAGAAGAAGGAAGAGACAUUUCGGAUGAUUGGGGACGUCUGAAGCAAAACUGAAACACGUCGCGGACACUUGAUAAACCACAAUACACUGGGAUCUCGACUUAUUCCACGUCCCACUUCGGCUGAGGUCACACGGGAUACUUUAAUCCUGGCUCAACCGCUAGCGCGGUACCAUGCUAUCGCUAAGCCAGAUGUCAGUCAUCUAACCUGGGGGUUUAUUGAUGACAACAACAGCCACAUCGUUUCCAAAGCUCCCAAGAUUCACGACAAGUAUCUUUCCGCAACAUCCUUCCUUUUUAAAAGCCCAGCUGCUUCCUUAAACAGCGGCAGUGACUUUUGAGUGGCGAUGGCAGCAGUUGUGAGCUACUCACCUCCAUGGUGGGUGAAUUUCCUGCACAGACUUCCCCAUUUCAACCUCCGGUUCGAGCAGACCAGCAGUGACUUUCAACCUGCAGAUCCAACAUAUCAGGAGUCCAUCGUGCUGCUGGCCGGCAUCGCUCUGGCCUGCCUGGCCCUGGACCUGGUCUUCCUGCUCUUUUACUCCUUCUGGCUGUGCUGCCGGCGCACCAAGAGCCAGGAGUCCGCCAGGGCCGACUGCUGCUGCACCGCCUGGUGUGUCAUCGUCGCCACGCUCGUCUGCAGCGCUGGCAUAGCCGUCGGUUUCUAUGGGAACAGCGAGACGUGCGACGGUGUGAACCGCCUGACGUACUCCCUGCGUCAUGCCAACCGCACAGUCACAGGGGUGCAGAAACUGGUGUCGGAGGGUGCGUUCUCCCUCAACCAGACGGUGGAGGGGGACCUGCAGUACCUGGAGGUGCAGUACACCAAGCACACGGACUACCUCUCCAUCACCCGGAAGCUGCAGGGCCAGCUGGAGGAUCUGGUGCAGCAGAUGGCGGGCAUCACCUUCUGGGACCACGGCCGCGUCUCCCUGGAGGCCCUGGCCACGGAGGUGGAGCUCUAUGACUGGUACAGAUGGCUGGGCUACUUGGGCCUACUGCUGUUUGAUGUCCUUAUCUGCCUUCUGGUGCUGUUUGGCUUGAUCCGCAACUCCAAAGGAACAUUGAUUGGGGUGUGCUUGUUUGCAGUGCUGGCCAUGGUUAUCAGCUGGGCCUCCCUCGGCCUGGAGCUCGCCGUCUCCGCGGCCUCCAGUGAUUUCUGCGUUUCCCCACAACUUUACGUGACCCAAUUGGCGGAGAAGUAUGGCGUCAUGAAACCAGAAAUCCUGCAGUACUACCUGACCUGCAAUGUGGAGCAAGCCAACCCGUUCCAGCAGAAGCUGUCCGGGAGCCAUAAGGCGCUGGUAGAGAUGCAGGACGACGUGUCUGAGCUGCUGCGCUCCGCGGCCAGGGACUACGCCGACACCAAGCCGAAUCUGGAGCAGAUCCAGGGGGUCCUGAACACCACGGAGAUCGGCCUGCAUCAGCUCACGGCGCUGGUGGACUGCCGCAGCCUGCACAUGGACUACGUGCAGGCCAUGACCGGCCUGUGCUACGACGGGCUGGAGGGCCUGAUCUACCUGCUGUUCUUCUCCUUCGUCACGGCCCUCAUGUUCACCUCCAUCAUCUGCAGCGUCCCUCACACCUGGCACAGCAAAGGGAGCGAGGAGGACGACGACAUCGAGGAGGACGACUCCCUGAGCCACGGCGGCCGGCAGAACCACGAGAACCUGUACCGCGUGCACAUGCCCAGCCUGUACAGCUGUGGCAGCAGCUACGGCAGCGAGACCAGCAUCCCCGCGGCUGCGCACACCGUCAGCAACGCCCCCGUCACCGAGUACAUGGCCCAGAACGCCGCCUUCCAGAACCCGCGCUGCGAAAACACCCCUCUGAUUGGACGAGAGUCUCCUCCCCCCUCCUACACCUCCAGCAUGAGGGCUAAGUACCUGGCCAACAGCCCACCGGAGCUGGACCAACCCGCAGCGAUCUAGACCACGCCUGGCCUCGCUCUCUCUGGCCACCCAUGCGUACAAACACACACGUGCAUAUAUAUUAACACACACAUGUCAAACUCAUGCACGCAAACUCAUGCCCGCAAACUUGUACACGCGUGUGCAAACUCGUUCACCCUCACACACACGCAAACUCAUAUACACAAACACACAGUUCAAACUCGUGCACAGACACACUUACACACACACACCCACACGCACGCAAACUCAUACACAUACAAACAAUGCAUGGAACAGAUCAUUCACAUGUUUGAGAGGGACCCUACAUCUGGUCGUCAGAUGUUUAUUCAACUCCCAUUGUUGGUUUAUCAUUCAUACAUUCUUUCAGUAAUCUGGUCAUUCAUUCAACUGUGCUGAGAUGCGGUCAUCAGAAGGCAGUUGGACUAACAUUGCAGAAUUUGAUUUAUUUGCAGUGUGAUUCAUUGUUUUUAAAAAAGAUGCGAAACGGUUUCCUCUGAUUAAUCUUGGAUGUUUCUUUGACGAAUGCAUCCUAGCGUAGGAUCUGACGAGCCGACAAGUCAAACCGAAAUCCAUACGAGAUGCUGGACUUGACGGUGAUGACUACUUAGUGUUUCCGCGGUUCCACUCGACGCCAGACUAGUCUAUAAAUGUUGUAGAGAGUGGGUGCAAAACGGACACGAAAACACCCACGACCCAAUGAGCGUAUCUCACACCAUUCCAUCAUUGCUGUGUUUCAGGGAGUGUAACAACAGACAAACUUUGUUGAAUAUCCAUCGUCUCGCUUUGUGGUGUAUUUUGUUUCAGAUAUGGGUUUGGGAGGUGGUGGCGGUUUGAUAGCCCCCAACCCAGCCUCCUAUAUUCAGGUCAGCCACUCCCAUUUGAGCCACUACCCAGUGUACACUGUGGUAUAUAAAACAAGCAUGUACUUUUUAUUACCGUUCACCUGUCUUAUGUUAUUCUUCUGCCCACAUGGGGGACUGUAUGGGACCAGUUAUUUUGCAGUCUUGCACACGUAUCGUAUGUCUGGUCACAUGAGAAAAGCCUGUGAUUUUUUAUUUCCGGAAGUAUGUUGUUACAUGUGGGGAUCUUUAAGUGAUUUCAACCCCUUUUUACGAUGCAGUGAGAAAGCCACUGGUUUGCUCAUUUGGAAUGCAUGUUGGACCGUUGUCUUUGUUUUGUUCAUAUGUGGAAUAGGUUUAUCUGGGGAGAGCGUUCACAAACGAUUUCCAUCCAGCCAGUAGCCCAGACUGGAUUGGACCCCCCCCAUACUCCCCCAGUACUGUGGUAUCCACCAGGGAUCACGUUUACUACAGAAGAGAAUCUUUUGUACCGCUAGAAAGCACAAAUGUUUGUACAGGAUGACUUACAGAGGACCGAACGGACAGGAGACAUUAGUGGGCGUCAUGAUGUUGCUGUCAUCUGCAGCCUUACAGGUAGAACUACAAUGAGCAACAACUGCAGACUCAAAACUGCCCCUUUUUUGUAUAUAAAAACGUUGCUGAAGUGCUGUCGGCACCCGAAGCGUGUCGCAUUGUCCUUCAAUGCAAGAAGUCAAAUAAUACACGAGACGGCAAAUAAUACACCUUUUUGAGUUUGGGUUUGCAGUCACUUGGGUUAAACUUUCCUGAAGAAAGUUGAUAUGUGAGUGCGGUUUGGGUUUGCUGUUGAUGCAUUGGCCAAGCUGGAAGUUUUCCUCUGGUCCGGCGCUUUGGUGGCUCUGUCUCACAAAUGUGUUUUAGCAUUUUGAGUUAUGAACGAGUUAGCCCGAUCCUGCAGGACGGAUCCCGUGGGGGCUUGUUUUGUUGUGUCGUUGUAUUCCUCUCCAGAGUUCAUGUGAAUCCUCUGCAUCGUCAUUUUUUCCUCCGUAAGCAUGACAGUCCUUAAGAAUCUGAAGUGAAAUAUGACAUAUUUGUGCUACUACUGCCUCCAUAUUUCUGCAUGGCGUACAAGUUUCCUGAAGAGGAGUUUGUUCUUCUUUGGUUUAUGUAGGACUGGACCAAACGACAAAGCACAAGAUCUUGUUUUUUAUGUCUUCACUUAGGUCUAGGUCUGUGAAGUUCCCGCUACAGGGUUGCCUGGGCGAAGGAAUCGGGAUUGUGACUUAAAAUCUUGCGUACUCUUCUGUGCUCUGUAAAAUAUACAAAUGUUAAUAUUCCGACGCAAUGUUACUGUUUUUGGGGUAGGACACUUCGUUUAUUUGUCAUGCAAUGAUGUUGUACAGAAUAUAAAUGUUUGAAAAUGGAGUUAAAUCUUGGUUGAGUUGACAUUAUCUUAAGCAAUCUUUUAAAUUGAUUUUAAGCAACAUACGUUUUUUUUAUUUUGCUUUGUUCAUUUUGAUAAUGUUUCUUAAAUUGCAUUUUAGAAUAUCUUGCAAACGUACGUUUCAUUUAAUUUAAUGAAUAGUUUACAUCUUUCAUCUUUUUUUUUUCUCUCGCUCUUUCUGAAAAGACCAGUGCAGACUGACUCAUUGUUUUAUAAAUAUUUUUUGUGAUAACAAAAAUGUUUGUUAAACUUGUGGUUACCUUGAGCUUGAACACUGUUUUAAAAAAUAAAAAAAUAAACCAAAAUCUUAACUGUAAUCCGCUGCUCUGUUAUUAAAUGCAUUGACAGUAAAAAAGGCCAUUUUAUCUCCCUUGUUGUGGCUUCACAAAGAACUGUUUGUUUCAGUUGGCACAUGCUAGCAGUAUGGCCUGCAAACACUAGGUAGCAGCACAAACGCAUCCUCACAGACGACCAAUACCAUCGGAAAUUCUUUAUUUUGGUUGUUUAGAAAUGUAUUCCUAUCUCAGUAUAUUUAAUGUUGGUAAAGUAAUUCCAAAGAUUUUGUAAUUUAGCCUUUUUCCAAAACAUUGGGAUUAUUUUCCAAAAGGUCAUGAAGGAGCAAGUAGGGGACAUAAAGAUGGCUUCUUACCCAGAAGAACCUUCAAGCUGGGAGUCAAGCACCCUCACCCACUACAGUAUCCACACUAUCCACAAAGCCCGGAUGCAGAACACUGAAGAGCUGCUGUUGCGCAGAUUAGCGUGAUAGGCAUGGGGCCGCCGUUGUGUGGUUGCACUCUGUACAUCUGCCUCAACAUGGCUGAGGGUGCCCCAAAUGCCUGUUCCUUUUGACCAUGUGGAAGAGAGAAGCGUUGUGUUCGGUGACCUC